CUUAUGUUCAUUCAUUCUGAACCCUCGAGUUCCCUCCCUCUCUCACUCUCUUGAAGGAAAGAGAGAAUCAUUCUCAGAGUCUGAGAGCUAUCUUCAUAUUCUCACUCACUCUCCCUAUCCUUUUCUCUCAUCUCCAAAUCGCCCUGGCCGUUCUCACAAAUGGCUUGGGCACCUACUCUUAUUCUCACCCCUAUGUUCCUCUUCUUGUAUCUCCUCCAAUCACAUCCUGCUGCCUCAACCGCCACUCUCCUCCACGGUGGCAGCCAUCCCGCCAUGGUAUUGCCACUCUACCAUUCCCCUCCUAAUAUCUUCACAAGCAGUUUCUCGAAUUCUCGUCGUCACCUUCAGAGAUCCACUUCCAAUUCCCACCCUAGCGCUCGCAUGCGACUCCACGACGAUCUACUUCUCAACGGGUAUUAUACUACGCGUCUCUGGAUCGGUACGCCACCUCAACAGUUCGCUCUUAUUGUUGAUACGGGAAGUACUGUUACCUAUGUCCCCUGUGCUACUUGCGAGCAGUGCGGCAGGCAUCAGGAUCCUAAAUUCGAGCCUGACUUAUCAAGCACGUAUCAACCUGUAAAAUGCAAUCUGGACUGCAAUUGUGACCAUGACAGGGUACAAUGUGUUUACGAGAGACAGUAUGCUGAGAUGAGUUCAAGCAGUGGUGUUCUUGGUGAGGAUAUUUUAUCCUUUGGCAAUCAAAGUGAACUUGUGCCUCAGCGUGCUGUUUUUGGCUGUGAGAAUGUUGAAACUGGUGACCUUUAUACUCAGCAUGCUGAUGGCAUAAUGGGAUUGGGCCGUGGUGAUCUCAGUGUUGUUGACCAACUUGUUGAGAAAGGUGUGAUUAGUGAUUCAUUCUCGUUAUGUUAUGGUGGGAUGGAUAUUGGUGGGGGUGCUAUGGUUCUUGGUGAUAUAUCUCCUCCAGCAAACAUGGUCUUUGCUCAUUCAGACCCUGUACGCAGUCCAUACUACAAUAUUAAUUUGAAGGCGAUACGUGUUGCUGGGAAGCCAUUACCUUUAAAUCCAAGGGUCUUUGAUGGAAAGCAUGGAACUGUUCUUGAUAGUGGCACAACAUAUGCUUACCUGCCAGAAGCAGCAUUUGUGGCUUUUAAGGAUGCGAUUAUGAUUGAACUUCAGUCCUUAAAGCAAAUCCAUGGUCCUGAUCCUAAUUACCAUGAUAUUUGUUUUUCUGGUGCUUCAAGUGAUGCCUCUCAACUCUCAAAUACCUUUCCAGCAGUUGAGAUGGUUUUUGGCAAUGGGCAAAAGCUGUUGCUAUCACCAGAAAAUUACUUGUUCCGGCAUUCAAAGGUUCGUGGUGCAUAUUGUCUGGGGAUUUUCCAAAAUGGAAAGGAUCCAACUACGCUCCUUGGAGGGAUUGUUGUUCGCAAUACUCUUGUGAUGUAUGAUCGUGAACAUUCAAAGAUUGGUUUUUGGAAGACCAAUUGUUCUGAGUUAUGGGAACGACUGCAGGAAACUGGUACUCCGCCACAAGUUCCUUCAAGUGGAAAGAACCCAAGUGCAAAAUUACCUCCUAAUGAACCUUCAAAUUAUGCUCUUCCAGGGGUACUCCGAAUUGGUCAAAUAACAUUUGAUAUGUCUUUGAGCAUCAACUACUCGAAUUUGGAACCCCAUAUCCCAGAACUUACUGAGUUCAUUGCUCACGAGUUAGAUGUUAAUACUUCUCAGGUUCAUCUUUUAAAUGUUACAUCCAAAGGAGAUAGCUCGCUUAUUACAUGGGCCAUAUUCCCUUUAGGAUCUGCUAGCUACAUUUCUAAUGACACUGCAAUUAGUAUAAUUUCCCAGCUUGCUGAACAUCGUGUGCACCUUCCUGACACCUUUGGAAAUUAUAAGUUGCUUCAAUGGAAAAUCAAGCCUCCAGCAAAGAGGAGAUGGUGGCAACAACAAUAUUUGGUUGCGGUAUUAGCCAUUACCAUUACGAUGAUUGUUGGACUGUCAGCUUAUGGAAUUUGGUGGUUUCUAUGGAGGCAGAGACAACAAACAGUAAAUUCCUACAAACCAGUCGAUACUGCUGGGCCUGAGCAAGAGCUCCAGCCACUGUAAAUCUAUUAGGAGUUGGGCUUGCCGAGUGAUAUAUGGAGCAGAAAUAUGUCAUUUUAGCAUUUUUGACUCGCAAUACACGUGAAGCUUACAAUUCUAGCCUCUACAUUACUGUCCAGUAACAGCGACCAUAUUUACCACUGCUUAUAUAUGUUAUUCAUGAAAGAGGUCAUAAUUAGAGGUACAGAAAAUGUUGGUCAAAUUAUUGAAUCUUAUGUGAAUAUUUGUAACAUACAUUUGAGUGAAUCAAAAGCUUUUGCGUCCAGUGGCCUUCGCAAUUUUUAGGCAGUAUGAUAAAAGAUAAGGAAGCUUUUAAGGGCACAUGUCAAAGUUAUGAAGUA